UGCUGACGGUGGAGCAUGUGAAGAAUGAUGUUGAAAUUUCAGUGGAGGAAGGCAAAGAAACCAUCCUCCGUGUGUCCGAGCAUGUUUCAUUUACUGAUGUGAAUUCAAUAGCGCGUUAUCUGGCUAGAGUUGCUGGUUCUGCUGGGUUGUAUGGUUCGAAUCUGUUGGAACACACUGAGAUUGACCAUUGGCUGGAGUUCAGUGCUACAAAGUUAUCUACAGACAGCCAGUUUCUUUCAGCAGUCCAAGAGCUCAACCACUGUCUGUCCCUAAGAACGUACUUGGUCGGAAACUCUCUGAGUCUUGCAGACUUGUGUGUCUGGGCUGUACUAAAAGAUAAUAACAUAUGGCAAGAGCAAUUACAGCAAAACAAAGCUCCUGUCCAUGCAAAGCGAUGGUAUGGCUUUCUUGAGAUACAGCGUGCUUUUCAGUCAGUAGGAGCCAAGUGGGCUUCUGGUACACCAAAGGUUAAAAUGGCAACAGAAAAGAAAGCGGAUGUUGGGAAGUUUGUUGAACUUCCUGGUGCAGAGAUGGGAAAGGUCAUUGUAAGGUUUCCUCCUGAAGCAAGUGGAUAUCUGCAUAUUGGUCAUGCUAAAGCUGCCCUGCUAAAUCAGCACUACCAAGUUAACUUUAAAGGAAAACUUAUUAUGAGAUUUGAUGACACUAAUCCAGAAAAAGAGAAAGAAGACUUUGAAAAGGUUAUUCUUGAAGAUGUUGCAAUGCUGCACAUCAAACCAGAUCAAUUUACAUAUACCUCAGAUCACUUUGAAACAAUAAUGAAAUAUGCUGAGAAGCUAAUUCAAGAAGGGAAGGCGUAUGUGGAUGAUACUCCUGCAGAACAAAUGAAAGCAGAGCGUGAGCAAAGAAUGGAAUCUAAACACAGAAAUAACUGUGUUAAUAAGAAUCUACAAAUGUGGGAAGAAAUGAAAAAGGGAACAGAAUAUGGGCAAACUUGUUGUCUACGAGCAAAAAUAGAUAUGAGCAGUAACAAUGGAUGUAUGAGGGAUCCAACUCUUUAUCGUUGUAAAAACCAGCCUCACCCACGUACUGGAAGUACCUACAAGGUUUAUCCCACAUAUGACUUUGCCUGCCCCAUUGUUGACAGUAUUGAAGGUGUCACACAUGCAUUGAGAACAACCGAAUACCAUGACAGAGAUGAACAAUUCUACUGGAUCAUUGAGGCACUGGGCAUAAGGAAACCAUAUAUUUGGGAGUAUAGCCGACUGAACCUCAACAACACUGUGCUCUCUAAGAGAAAGCUUACGUGGUUUGUCAAUGAAGGGCUUGUGGACGGAUGGGAUGACCCAAGAUUUCCCACUGUGCGUGGUGUCUUAAGAAGAGGCAUGACAGUUGAAGGGCUAAAACAGUUUAUUGCUGCUCAGGGCUCCUCUCGAUCUGUCGUGAAUAUGGAGUGGGAUAAAAUUUGGUCAUUUAACAAAAAGGUUAUAGACCCAGUAGCACCUCGGUACACUGCUUUAUUGAAAGAUGCAGUGGUCCCAGUAAAUAUUCCUGAAGCUCAAGAGGAGAUGAAAGAAGUGGCUAAACAUCCAAAGAAUGCUGAUGUUGGGUUGAAACCUGUAUGGUAUGGCUCCAGAGUCCUGAUCGAGGGCGCAGAUGCAGAGACCCUGACAGAGGGAGAGGUGGUUACAUUCAUAAAUUGGGGCAAUAUUAUCAUCACCAAAUUAAACAGAAAUUCAAGUGGAAAAAUUGUGUCCAUCGAUGCCAAGUUGAACUUGGACAAUAAGGACUUCAAAAAAACAACUAAAAUCACUUGGUUAGCAGAAACUCCACAUGCACCACUCAUCCCAACUGUCUGUGUCAAUUAUGAACAUCUGAUCACUAAGCCAGUUCUAGGUAAAGAUGAAGAUUUCAAGCAAUAUAUCAACCGAAAUAGUAAGCAAGAAGAACUGAUGUUAGGUGAUCCUUGCCUUAAGGAGUUAAAAAAGGGGGACAUCAUACAACUUCAAAGGAGAGGAUUCUUUAUUUGUGAUCAGCCCUAUGAGCCAGUGAGUCCUUACAGCUGUAAAGAUGCCCCGUGCAUUUUGAUUUACAUCCCUGAUGGACACACUAAGGAAAUGCCAACGUCUGGGUCGAAAGAGAAGACCAAAGCUGAAACUGCAAAGAAAGAGGCUACUUCAGCUGUAAAAGGAAAAUCUGCUCCACUUGUUGCUGAUACCUCUACUCCAACCUGUACUGUAUCAGAAGGUCACCUGGUCAUUUACAACAGGGUGGCUGCACAGGGUGAUAUAGUUCGUGACUUGAAAGCUAAGAAGGCAACGAAGGAAGAUAUUGAUAAAGCUGUGAAACAGUUGCUGGCCUUGAAAGCAGAAUACAAAGAGAAGACGGGCCAGGAGUAUAAGCCUGGAAAUCCUCCAGUAUCUGUAACUGAACAGUCUGUGUCUUCAAAACUUGGGACCUCUGGUACUGUGGACAGCAAAGCUCUGUACAAUAAAGUAGCAGAGCAAGGAGAAGUGGUCCGCAAACUGAAAGCUGAGAAAGCACCUAAGGAACAAAUAGAUGAGGCUGUGAAAAUUCUUUUAAAUCUAAAAGCAGAAUAUAAACAAAAGACAGGUCAAGAGUACAAGCCUGGAAAUCCACCUUCAGCUCCUCCUUGUAUACCUUCUACUACACUUCCAUCUUCUGUAUGCUGCAGUAACUUGGCAUCCUGUAGCUUAGUGGAUGGCAAAGCACUUUAUGAUAAUGUAGCUGAACAAGGGGAACUGGUACGCAGACUCAAAGCAGAGAAAGCUUCUAAGGAUGAAAUAGAUGAAGCAGUAAAACUCCUUCUUUCUCUAAAAGCUGACUACAAGGAAAAGACUGGGCAGGACUACAAGCCAGGACAUCCACCAGUAGCUCAAGGUGCUUUGCCUCAAGCAUCAAACACAGUACCCACUGGUCCAGACACGCCUGAAGCUAAAGCCCUGUUUAGCAAAGUAGCUCUUCAAGGAGAGGAAGUUAGGAAAUUAAAAGCAGACAAAGCAGAAAAGGAAAAGAUAGAUGCAGCUGUUAAGGAACUUCUUCAAUUGAAGGCCCAGUAUAAGUCUGUUGCAGGAGUGGACUAUAAACCAGUUUCUGCUAGUGGUGCUGAUGACAAAGACAAGAAGAAGAAAGAGAAAGACAACAAGUCUGAAAAGCAGAGUAAGCAACAGAAGCAAAAUGAUGGCCCAAAAAAAGAACCUUUGCAAGGACAGAGUGGUAAUGAGCUCUCCUCAAAUGGAUCAGGAGAGGGUCAAGGCCCUAAGAAACAAACCAGGCUGGGUCUAGAAGCUAAAAAAGAAGAAAAUCUUGCAGACUGGUUCUCUCAGGUGAUCACAAAAUCAGAGAUGAUUGAAUACUAUGAUGUGAGUGGCUGUUAUGUUCUUCGUCCUUGGGCUUAUUCUAUUUGGGAAGCUAUCAAGAACUUCUUCGAUGCCGAGAUCAAGAAGCUUGGAGUGGAAAACUGUUACUUCCCUAUGUUUGUGUCCCAGGCAGCCCUAGAGAAAGAGAAGACUCAUAUUGCUGACUUUGCUCCUGAGGUUGCUUGGGUCACAAGAUCUGGGAAAACAGAUCUGGCUGAACCAAUUGCUGUACGUCCCACAAGUGAAACAGUCAUGUAUCCUGCCUAUGCAAAGUGGGUGCAGUCACACAGGGAUCUUCCUAUCAAGCUUAAUCAGUGGUGCAAUGUUGUGCGUUGGGAGUUCAAACAUCCUCAACCUUUCCUUCGCACUCGUGAGUUCCUUUGGCAAGAGGGUCACACAGCAUUUGCAACGUAUGAAGAAGCAGCAGAGGAGGUGAUGCAGAUACUUGAUCUGUAUGCUCAAGUGUAUGAAGAUCUCCUAGCAAUACCUGUUGUGAAAGGAAGGAAGACAGAGAAGGAGAAAUUCGCUGGGGGUGAUUAUACAACCACUGUAGAGGCAUUUAUAUCUGCCAGUGGAAGAGCUAUCCAGGGAGCAACAUCACAUCAUCUAGGGCAGAAUUUCUCAAAGAUGUUUGAAAUUGUAUUUGAAGAUCCCAAGAAACCGGGAGAAAAACAGUUUGCUUAUCAGAAUUCCUGGGGCAUUACAACGCGAACUAUUGGCGUAAUGACUAUGAUUCAUGGAGAUAACAUGGGAUUGGUGCUCCCACCUCGAGUAGCCUGUGUUCAGGUUGUAAUUAUUCCCUGUGGUAUCACAAAUUCCCUUUCUGAAGAGGACAAAGAGGCUUUAUUGAAGAAAUGUAACGAGUAUCGUAAUAGGCUACUUAGUGUUAAUAUCCGUGUACGGGCUGAUUUAAGAGACAACUAUUCACCCGGUUGGAAGUUCAACCACUGGGAACUUAAGGGUGUUCCAGUCAGGGUUGAAGUGGGACCACGAGACAUGAAGAGCCAACAGUUUGUAGCUGUUAGAAGAGAUACAGGACAGAAGCUGACCUUUUCUGAACAUGAAGCAGAAGAUAGACUGAAGCAGAUUUUGGAGGAGAUCCAUGCUAACCUUUACAACAGAGCUUCUGAGGACCUAAAAAGUCAUAUGGUGGUGGCCAAUACUAUGGAGGACUUUCAAAAAGAGCUUGACUCAGGAAAGAUUGUACAAAUCCCUUUUUGUGGGGAAAUUGAGUGCGAGGAUUGGAUCAAGAAGACCACUGCCAGGGAUCAAGAUCUUGAGCCUGGCGCCCCGUCCAUGGGAGCAAAAAGCCUCUGCAUACCUUUUCAGCCCCUCCGUGAACUACAGUGUGGGGCAAGAUGUGUCUGUGGCAAAAACCCUGCCAAGUUUUACACCCUAUUUGGUCGUAGUUACUAAAUUACUAGUGAAAGCACCUUCUCCUUUAUCUGUGAAUUGAACUUUUUUUAAUAAGACUGAAAUAGCCCCCAAACUUAAUCCGUUUUGCGACUUUUUAAAUGAUUCCAAAAACAAAGCCAUAAACCAUAAAACCCCCCAGUUGUCAGUCUUAGGCUAGCAGUAAUUCACAGACUUUUCUGUAAACAUCUCUAAUAAUAAACAUGUAUUGUGAGCUGUAA